AGAAGCUCGUGCGGUUGCACAUUUUUUAUAUAAGAUAAUACAAGAUCGCCAUGUUAGGUAUGGUGAGAGAAUCUGAAUCAUAUCUCCUUGGAGGGGACAUAGCGGAAACAUCGUUGAUCAUGAUUCCAGUUGGAACCACGUUUUCUGCUCCAAACCAUUGAUGGGUCUAUACAUAUAUAUACACACAUGCAUUGGCCUGAAAGGAAAUGAAGGCAGAAUCAUCUUAGCUCUUCAAACCCUUUUCUCGGUCUUCAAACGCAAACGAAAGAAAAAAAAUGGCAUCUGCUUUCCACGUUCGUUCUAACAGCUUCCCCUCGAGGCAACACCCUCAAGCUGUUCAUGUCGAUGAGCAGUUGUGCCGGUUGAGAUCUUCUGAAACUGCUUCUACAUCAUCUUCUUCCUCUUGUAUCGGACAAAGACUUUGGGAUCUUCAAGAUUUGCACGAUUCCCUCGAGAAGCUCCUUCGCUUACCCGUCACCCAGCAGACCCUUGACAAGAAAGCGGUCGAGAAGCUUCUUGAUGGAUCCCUCAGGAUCUUGGAUCUCUGCUACAUGACAAAGGAUGCUUUGUCUCAGACCAAAGAAUGUCUCAACGAGAUCCAAUCGAUCCUACGGAGAAAACGCGGAGAUCUUUCAAGCGAGGUUAAGAAAUACUUGGCCUCAAGAAGAUCCCUCAAGAAGUCAUUCCAGAAAGUCCUCAAGAGUUUGAAGGCCACUAAUGGCGACGAGUCUCUACCUGUGUUUGGAGAAGCAGAAGCUCUGACGAUUUCCGCGUUCCGUUCCCUGAUUUCCUUCGUGUCUGCAUCGACAACUCCUUCUGGCAAAUGGUCGCUGGUCUCGAAGCUGAUUAACCACAAAAGAGUUGCAUGUGAAGCACAAACUGCAAACGAGUUUUCAGAGCUCGAUUCUGCAUUUCAGUCCUUCGCCGAGAACAAGUCUGAAAAUCCGUUGAAAAUGGAGGAUGUGAAGAGGCUGGAGAGCUGCGUCCAAGAUGUGGGAGAGGGGAUCGAGUCUCUCUUCAAAUCCCUGAUGAAAUACAGAGUCUCUCUUCUUAACACCUUUGGCCACUAAG